CGUUUGUUAUCUAAUACAGUGUGAUCCUAGGCCAAAGUUUUCUAGUAGAUAUUUUGUUAAGGCUGUAUAAGAACAUCGGAUUUGAUCAGGAGUUAGCCAUUAGUUUCUUUCGUGUGUUUAGUGUUUUAUUUUCGUUAGUGUGUGCGUUAAUUCGUUUGUGAAACGGUAGGAUUCAAGACUAGCAACAAGAAAUCUACUAUCGAUAUUUUUGUGUUUGUGACUGCUGAGAACUACUGUACACCGCCAUUGUUUACUACUUGAAGUACGAAAAAUCUAGCUAAACCAAGAUGGCUCAAGAAGUUUCUAUAGGACAGCCGAAGUUAGUCAUUAUAGAGGAAGAAGAAAUACUCCAGUAUGUGAAUCCAUCCCUUCUAAAAGUGGACUAUGCAAGCAGAAAAGUACAGGGCGUAAUUAUUAUUGGAACAUUUAUCUUUGUUUUGGUCCUGUUUUUUGGGUCCAUGUUGUUCUGCAAUCUGUUCUCAGCAUUUCGCUCUCUAGUGUCCAAGCAUAAAGUUUUCAUGAGCCUGGCUAUUGUGAGAGCUGUGUAUGGUGUGUUUGGUAUUGUGAUAGGUUGUUAUGGUAUUUUUAAAACAACGGCCUUAGAUAGGGAUAUUGUAUUUGGGAAGACCGCCACCAGCACUGUGGCUAUGUGCGUGACGGUUGGGUUUUUUAUGUUUGAGUUGUCCGCUGUGAUUUUGUCAGACCUAGCAUACAGAACUUUUUCCAAAAUGUUAAUAAUGCACCACAGCUUAGCUCUUAUAGCCUUCACCCUAGCGUUACAUUCCGAAUCAAAUUACGCUUUCGGUUGCAAAGGUAUGAUUCUUGAAAUGAGCACCCCAUUUUCGUGUCUAUGUUACGUACUUCUUAAAGCAGGUAUGGAAAGCAGUAAACUGUGGACUAUAAAUCAAUGCGUGCUUAUACACACCUUUCACUUGCGGAGCGUAGUUGAGUGCUACCUAUGGUACGUUAGUUACCAAAACUGGACAGAAAUUAGUACCCAUAUGCCCCUCCCCAUUUUCGUGUUGCUCUACGCUAACCUCACCCUGGUUACGUUUAUCAUGACCCCGUACUGGGGCUACAAAAAAACGCAGCAGCUCUUUAACCCCGUAGAUUGGAACUUUCAGGAAUCCAGAAACACAGACAGCAUCUCUAAUGGCAGAGUUUAAAAAAGACGACUAAAUCUUUUUAACUCACAAAUCUCGGUAGUCAUCUAAUUGUUAAAAGCAUCUAUUCCAUAUGCAUUAUAAAUACUCCAUUGUAAAAAAAAAACAUAACUUUUACUUAUGAUUAUAAAUUUACAAUUUCAUAUUUUUUUACACUAGACUUAGUCAUGUAAAAGUUAUUAUUUGUGUACUGGUGUGCAAUACUUUUAUUCAAAAAGCUUAGCUUAUACAAUGUAUUUUUUUGUAAUGGAAAUCCGGUUGAAUUAAAAAGUUAAUUUUAAUAUUUUUAUUUGAACAAUCAUAUAGUCAAAAUUAUUUUUACAGAAAUACAUUAAAUACUGAGUUGUGAUAUUGUCUAGUUGGACAGUAAAACUAAUAUUUAUUUUACUAAUUGUCUAUAUAAUUAUUACUCUUAAAGGGAAAUUAAUCAUUUUAAAUCCUGAAUUUUCUUAUUUUGAUUUUUGUUAAAUUCUCAUAAUGACACUCUGUAGGGAAAAGAUAUUACUAAAAAUCAAACCAUAUAUUUUUUUUUCUCAAAUUGUGAAAGCACAAUUAUAACUUAAACUAUAGCUACUGAUAUUAUUAGUAACAUUAUCAAGUAUAUUUAGUGAUUAUAUUUCUAACAUUGUGGAUUUAUUGAUGAGCUGAUAUUUGAUUUGACUGUUGAAUGUAUUUUAAAAAGUUUUUAUUAGUGUUAACAACGAAGUAUAUUUAAUUAAAAA